AAGGAUCUGAGGGAAACACUCAAGAAAAAAGGAAGUACCCUGGUUGUGAGGAAGGGGAAACCAGAAGAUGUGGUCCGUGACUUGAUUAUACAGUUGGGCUCUGUCUGUGCAGUGGCUUUCCAUGAAGAGGCCACGCAGGAGGAGCUGGAUGUGGAGAAGGGGCUGUGCCAGGUGUGCAGUCAGCACGGGGUGAAGGUUCACACGUUCUGGGCGUCCACGCUGUAUCAUCGGGACGACCUUCCCUUCAGGCCUAUUGCCAGGUUGCCCGAUAUCUACACCCAUUUCCGAAAAGCGGUGGAAUCUGAGGCGAAGGUCCGGCCAACCCUGCAGGUGGCGGAUCAGCUGAAGCCUCUGGCUCCAGGGGUGGAAGAGGGGUCUAUCCCUACAAUGGAGGAUUUGGGACAGGAGGAUCCUGUGACUGAUCCACGAACAGCCUUCCCCUGCAGUGGAGGAGAGACCCAGGCUUUAAUGAGACUGCAAUAUUAUUUUUGGGACACGAACCUGGUUGCAUCUUACAAAGAGACUCGGAAUGGACUGCUGGGAAUGGAUUACUCAACGAAAUUUGCACCAUGGCUGGCGCUGGGCUGCAUUUCGCCUCGAUACAUCUACGAGCAGAUCCGGAAGUAUGAAAAGGAGAGAACGGCAAAUCAGAGCACGUACUGGGUCCUGUUUGAACUGCUGUGGCGGGAUUACUUCCGAUUUGUGGCCCUGAAGUAUGGCAGAAGGAUUUUCUCAGUAAGAGGGCUUCAAAGUAAAGAUGUUCCAUGGAAAAAGGACCUUCAGCUCUUUGACCGUUGGAAAGAAGGCAAAACAGGGGUUCCCUUUGUCGAUGCCAACAUGCGAGAGCUGGCUGCAACGGGCUUCAUGUCUAACCGAGGGCGGCAGAAUGUCGCCAGCUUUCUCAGCAAGGACCUGGGUCUGGACUGGAGGAUGGGGGCAGAAUGGUUCGAAUAUCUGCUGGUGGAUUAUGAUGUUUGUAGCAACUACGGCAACUGGUUGUACAGCGCUGGUGUUGGUAACGACCCACGGGACAACAGGAAGUUUAACGUGAUUAAACAAGGCCUGGAUUACGAUGGCAAUGGGGAUUACGUUCGGCUGUGGGUCCCAGAACUACAGGGCAUAAAGGGAGCAGACGUCCACGGCCCUUGGGCCCUGAGCAGGGCUGCUCUCUCCCAGGCAGGAGUGACUCUGGGUGAGACCUACCCAUGGCCAGUUGUGACAGCCCCGGAGUGGAGCCGACACAUCAACCAGAGGCCUGUGAGUACUGGGAAGGUUUGGAUGGGGCGGAGAGGACCUGCACACAAGGACAGAGGAAUAGAUUUUUACUUUUCUCGAAAGAAAGAUGUGUGA